AAAAGAGUUAUUAAUUAAAGAGUUUGGACAGUUUCGCAGUUUUUAGUGUACAGUCGUAACUUAUAUGUGUGAAUAUGGCUUCUACCCUUUUCGUCGAAGGGGUGUUGAUUAUAGCGAGUUUAAAAGAGGAUUCCCAAUUACCGUAUGUUAAACUCCAGUCCUCAGUCUAAAGGAUUCAGUGUUUUGGGAGAAAACUGUAAAUUGCUGCUGAUUUCUCAUGCAACAGUUCUGUGUUGGUUGUUGUAUUUCAGUGUGAAAAUUGCCCUGAAACUCUCCUGUUUGAGAAGCUUGAGUAAGAAAACAAAACCAGGGGACCUGUUCCCUUGGUGACAGCUAGAAAACCUGCAACCAUGAAUUCGCUUAAGAGUUUCAUGAACAGGGUUGUGAGGGAAGUAGGCCCUCAAACAGCAGGUCAGGGAGGCUCGGAAGGUGAAAGAGCUGAAGAUGGUCCUGGAGAUGCCGUGGAGGGCUUCUUGUGUCCAACAUGUUACAUGAGCUUCCCAAAGCCAGAGCUGCUACAGGAUCACUAUGAAGCGGAACACAUUGAACCAUCAGCCAAUUAUCUGUGCCCUGUGUGCAAAGCACGGCUCAACUCACAACAGGAAUUGGAGAAGCAUUACAGUACUAUCCAUGGUGUCAAAGACACAAGUGGCCACAGCCUCGAGACGCUACGGGAAGAGUUGAAUGAACUUUCAACCACCCUGAGGGAGGAACGCUGGUAUUCUGAGGAGCUGAAGAAGGAAGUUGAGAGGUUACAAGAAGCCUUCAAAAAGAAAGAUGAAGGAGAGGAGAAUUUUGUUCACAAGUCACAAUUAGAUGCUUUGGAAGAAUCCAAGACAAUGCUGACAUCAGAAGUGGUCCUGUUAAGGAAGCAGCUCACUGAGUCCCUAGAGUUGAACAGUUCCUUGCGCUCCGAGAAAGACAUGCUGGAAUCUCGUGCCUCCGACUUUGCGGUGGAAAGAGCAGAGUUGAGAGCGACUCUGGAUACCCUACAAGCUGAAAAGGUUAGUCUAGAGUCGGAGUUGCACGAGUUGCGCUCCAGCCGGUCUAACCAGGAAACUCAGGAUCAGGCAGAGUCUCAACAGCUGCAGCAAGAGCUUGUCAAGAUCCAGGAACAACUGAUCAGCAGAGAGAAGGAGCGUGAGACUGUCAAGGUUUUGGAGAGUAGGUUCCGUUUAGAACUUCAGACACUUCGUGAGAAGCUGAUCGACCAAGAAUUGGAGGCCAGCAGCUUCCAAGCCAGAGAGAUAGCACUUCAGAAUGACCUGAAGGCAAAGUCAGAACUUGCCGCAGGGUUGAAGGAAGAGAUGAGGAACCUGAAGGAUGAGGUAGACUUAAUGAAGAAGAAGCUGCAGGAGAAAGAUGAAGAUUUUGCUCAACUGCAUAGCCAGAUGGAAGACAAAGAAAUUGUCAUGAUGGGGAACAAACAGCAGGUUGAUGAACUCAAAUCCAAAUGUGCCAAUUACAUGGAGAAUAUUCAGGCUCUUGAAGCUCAGUUAUCAGAACUGAAUGCAAAGCACACAGCCACACAAUCAGAACUAGAUAGCCACCGUGACCAGGUGGCAUCAGUGCAGGGUAAAUUAACAGAAGUCGAGAUUGAGAAGAACAAUUUGACAAGAGAACUUAGUGAAAAGGCAGGGGAACUGGAGAGCCUAAAAGAGAAAAUCAAUGAUGCAUCAAAAGAAGAGAGUGAAGUCUUGCAGAAAAAGACAGAACAGGUAGAGGAACUGAGGAAAGCAUUGAGAGAUGCUGAGCACUCCCGCAAUACAGCAGAGAAUGCUCUAGUGUCUAAAUCUGAGAUGAUUGAGCAGCUCAACAACAAAAUUGCCAAUUCUGGCAACAUGCUGAAGGAUGCAAGCACUAAAACAGCAGCUUUGGAGACAUCCCUAAGAGAAAAGGACAAAGCCCUAGAAAGUCUGCAAGAGCAGGUCAAAGUCAUCAACUCCCUAAAGAAUGACUUGAAUAAGGAGAGAGAGGCUGCUAAGGGGAAAGACGCAGAAAUUGGAGAAAUCAAGAAAAAGCUACAGGAAACUGACAAUAAGAAGACGCAGGCUGAACGGAGCCUCCAGGACACUCAGGAGAACCUGAACAAUGUGCAGGCUGCCUCUAAGGCCCUGAAAACAGAGUUGGAGGCCCUGAAGGAGAACUUGAAGAAGAAAGCACAAAGCCUGGAGGAGCUGCAAUCCAAGAUGAAGGAUGAGCUCAGUGAGAAGGAGCAGGUCAAGAAGAGCCUAGAUGCAGCACUUAAGGAGGCACAGACCUUCAAGGAAGAAACCCAAACACUGCAGUCACACAGCCAAUCUCUUGAUACUGAUAUGAAGGCAGCUCAAGCAAAGUCAAGUGCCCUGGAUGCUGAGGUGAAGCGCCUGGCCACUGAGAAGAGUAGUCUACAAGAGAGUGUUUUCUCCCUAGAAAGUACGAAGGAGCAGUUAGAAAACUCCCUGAAGAUGCACCAGGAUAAUUCAGCCAAGCAGGUACAAGAUCUAGAAGGGAAGUGUGA